AUGGAAUCGUUCAUAUUUGAUCAAACAGUCCUAAAAUAUCUUAUCAGCUUCGUUGUCUUUAGUGGACACUGCCUAACCUUCUGCAGCGGGGCCAACGUUCUUAUUUUUGUGGGGUUAGGGGAAGGAAGUCAUUUCCUAGCCUCUGCGGCUAUCGGUAGGGAACUCGCCCAGAGGGGUCACAACAUCACAGCCUUGGUGAGCAACGCGUACAGCCACCGUGCCCUAGACCCGAGAUUCUCACCUCUCUUUCAUUUCGAGUUGUUCGUCCAUUCGAGACCCCUGGAGGAGGUCUAUGACACCAUGGAAUGGGUGGCUAGGGCCUCCGCAUCCGGACAUUUCAUGUGGGAGAUGCCGACCGACUUUCCCGAUGCGAGGUCCAUCGAGUUCAGCGAUUGCGACGCGGUCUUCCAAAACGUUUCCCUGAUGGAACGACUGGUGGCGACCGACUUCGACGUGGUCAUCGCGGAUCCCAUGUUCUGCUGCGGACUCCUUCUCGCACACCAUCUCCAGGCAAAAGUGGUCAUCACCUCCCCGUUGGCCUGGAACGCGGACAUCGGUAAGCUCGUCGGGAACCCUACGAACCCUGCAUGGAUUCCUUCAGCGGGGACCGGAUUCCCGACGCGGAUGACCUUCCUGCAACGUCUCCUGAACGUCAUCCUCUCCGGGGCUUUCGCACCCUCAAGGUUCAUCGUUCCUAUUUUGGAGGAGUUCAAGACGCAGAGAGGUCUAGUUCCAGGCUACUCGAUGGUAGAGUUGUACCAGAGGGCGGACCUGGUCCUGGUCCAGACGGAUUUUGCUGUGGAAGCACCAAUACCACUCAUGCCAAAGAUCGUACCCGUGGGAGGACUGACCACUAGACCAGCUGACCCACUGCCACAGGAUCUAGAGGCAUUCGUACAGAGUUCUGGUGAACCCGGCAUCAUCGUCUUUUCUCUGGGUACCUACGUGACUCACAUGAAAGCUGAGCUCAUCGAAGUGUUGGCCGAGGCCUUCUCAAGAAUACCCCAGAAAGUGAUCUGGCAGCUCAGAGGUACGCCGCCAGAGACGGUCAAGAAGAGGGCGAAUAUUCUCACCCUGGAGUGGGUACCUCAGAACGAUCUACUUGGCCACAUCAAAACCCGCGCCUUCGUCUACCAGGGUGGCAACAACGGCCUCCAUGAAGCCCUCUACCAUGCCGUACCCAUCGUCGUCAUCCCUGUCUUCGGUGAUCAGAACGACGUCGCUGCCCGCAUCGUUGCCCGUGGCAUUGGGAUCUCGGUAGACUUCACCCAGAUGACCCCGGAAUCGCUCACCGGACAUCUGAAGGAGAUAGUGGAAAACAAAAAGUACAAAGAGGCCAUGACGCACCACUCAGCUAUCUAUCACGAUCGCCCUCAGCGGCCGGUAGAGCGAGCUGCCUUCUGGAUAGAACACGUGAUCAAACAUGGCGGCGACUACAUGAGGUCACCAGUAAAUGACCUAGUUUGGUAUCAGCACUAUUUGCUAGAUGUCAUCUGUUUUCUCAUUGGAGGUCUCUUCUUGUUUUUGUUAUUUUUAUUCUAUCUCUUCCGUUGUAUAUGCAAGUUAGGCAUGAAGACCUCCUCAAGGAAACGCAACAAAGAAUGA